AUGACACCCAACAUAUUGGCUCAGGAAGGAGAGGGAGGUAUAACGGUUAUCAGUAAUUCUACUACAACUUCUUCUUCUUCUCCUCCUCCUUCUUCUUCUUCUCCUCCUCCUCGUCCUCCUUCUUCUUCUCCUCCUCCUUCUUCUUCUUCUUUUAUUUUGGUUCUCUUUUUUUAUUCCCCCAUUCUUUUCAUCUUUCUUUUCCGGCCUUGUUUCUUUCGAUUCUUUUUUUCACUUUCCUAUUCACUAUUUAUCCUCUGUGGCUUUCAUUAUUUUCUUCUUUUUCUCUAUCUUGUUUAUUCUUUUUCGUUUUUCCUUUCCUCUGCCUCAUCUCCCUUAUUUUGUUAUCUUUUUUUUUAUUCUCUAUUUAUGCAUCCCUUCGAAUCUUUAUAUCUUUGUCCUUUUUUCACCUUCCUUUUCUUUUUCCUUUUCACUUUCGUCCUUGACUUUCUUGUUCCGUUUCUCUUUCUUUCUUUCUUUCUUUCUUUCUUUUGA